AUGUAUUUGUCAAGAUUCCUGUCACUCCAUGCCCUCUGGGUUACCGUAUCCUCUGUGAUGCAGCACUACCCUUCUGUGUGGGGACACUAUGACGUGUGUAAGACCCAGAUUUACACAGAAGAAGGAAAAGUAUGGGAUUACAUGGCCUGCCAGCCGGAAGCCAGAGACAUGAUCAAAUAUGUGAAAGUGGCUCUGGAUCCCCCAGACAUAACGUGUGGAGAUCCGCCCGAGACUUUCUGUGCAAUGGGGAAUCCCUACAUGUGCAAUAAUGAAUGUGAUGCGAGUACCCAAGAACUGGCUCAUCCUCCGGAACUGAUGUUUGAUCUGGAAGGAAGACAUCCCUCCACAUUUUGGCAGUCCACGACAUGGAAGGAUUAUCCAAAGCCUCUUCAUGUAAAUAUUACGCUCUCCUGGAACAAAACCAUUGAGCUGACAGAUAACAUAGUUAUCACUUUUGAAUCUGGGCGUCCAGACCAAAUGAUCCUGGAGAAAUCGCUGGACUAUGGACGAACAUGGCAGCCCUACCAGUACUAUGCCACAGACUGUUUAGAUGCUUUCCACAUGGAUCCAAAAUCAGUGAGGGAUUUAUCGCAGCACACCGUCCUAGAAAUCAUUUGCACAGAGGAAUACUCUACCGGGUACAUGACAAAUAGUAAAAUAAUCCACUUUGAAAUCAAAGAUAGAUUUGCUUUUUUUGCUGGACCUCGGCUUCAUAACAUGGCUUCUCUUUAUGGCCAGCUUGACACAACCAAGAAGUUAAGAGAUUUCUUCACCAUCACGGAUCUGAGGAUAAGACUGCUUAGGCCAGCAACUGGGGAAAUCUACGUCGAUGAGCAACACCUGGCACGCUACUUUUAUGCAAUUUCGGACAUAAGGGUAUACGGAAGAUGUAAGUGCAACCUUCACGCUACUGGCUGUAAAGAAGAAAACAAAAGACUACUUUGUGAAUGUGAACAUAACACCACUGGCCCAGACUGUGGAAAAUGCAAGAAGAAUUACCAGGGCCGGCCGUGGAGCCCUGGCUCUUAUCUGCCUAUACCCAAGGGCACUGCUAAUAUCU